UGAAGCAGGUUUGUUAGCAGGCGCAAACCGCCUCCUCUGGAUCUCGCACCACACCUUCACUCGCUCUCUUCUUUCAUCUUUCUCUCUCUAAAAGACUUAUCUUUAUCUCUCCAAAACAUCUCUCUCUAAACGCAGUGCCUUCUCCAUGCCUAUUAAACCCUCGCUCUCACAUCUCCGGAAGGGAAACCCUAAUGCUCCAGCUCUACCAUCCCUAAUUCCAUUAUCUCUCAUGAGAUGGGGGAACUGCUCUUAUGCAACGGGGAAGUCCGUGGUUCCUGUUAUUCUGCGCGCAAAGAAGCCUUUUUGACCUAGGUUUUGGCCUUUUCCUCUCAGUAGGCAGUGCUUUCUGUUUCUUCUGGUUCUUUAGGGUUUUGUAAUGGCUCCUGGUCGAAGGAAAGGGAUGGGCAAGUCUUCUAAGGCAGCUAAGCAUCAAUGGAAGCCUGGAGAUCUCGUUCUUGCAAAGGUCAAGGGUUUUCCUGCCUGGCCUGCAACGGUUAGUGAACCUGAGAAGUGGGGAUAUUCAGCUGAUUGGAGAAAAGUACUUGUUUACUUCUUUGGAACAAAUCAAAUUGCCUUCUGCAAUCCUGUUGAUGUUGAAGCAUUCACAGAAGAUAAAAAGAAUGCUUUGCUGAUCAAAAGUCAGGGUAAAGGUGCUGAUUUUGUUCGUGCCGUAAAUGAAAUAAUUGAUAUCUAUGAAAAGCUUAAUCUGCAGGGUAAUGGUGAGGAAUUCAAAUCAGAUGAUGAAGGUACUGUUGUGUCAAAUGGUCAAUGUUCCAAACGUUCCAGGGCCAAAUCUUGUAAGAAAAGUCAGAAGCGAAAGCCCCAUGGUAGGAAUGAAUCCAUGCUGGAGACUUCAGACAAUUCGUUAGAUGACAGGUCUGGUUCCCACAAUCCAGUUGAUACUUCAGAUACUGAUAUGGACAUUCCUUUGGCUAGCACGACUCUGAGAAAGAAAUCAAGAAACUCCUCCCUUCCAAGCUCUGAUACACAGUGCAAGGCCCCAUCUGUACGGCGGCAAAGAAGUGCUUCUCGGGCCGACAAUUCUGAAUUGCAGAAAUUUGUGGUGACUGCAAAUGGGAACAGCAAUGAUAAUGUCAUAUCGAUGGCAGAGGAACCUAAGAGAAAAAAGCGACUAUCCAAAUCAACGCCUGAUGAUUCUGAGGUUCAUGUUAGAGAUUUACAUAUCGAUGGGCCAAUUUUUAAAGAUAACCAGAAAAUUAAUAAAGAGGAAGCUGGCCACCCUGACAGGAAUUCUAAUGAUUUCCAAUCUGAUUUAAGCAGCUCAUGUUCCCCCGCCUUUGUGGCUGAAGAUAGCAGUGGAGAUAUUAGGGGUGAAACUGUAGUUGAAGAAUCAGCGGGUACCAGCUUAAACACACGAGGUGUUACAAUUUCAAAUGGGAAAUUGGAAGAUCAUGAUAUUAUUGAUGAACCUUACAAGAAUGGCAUGCUUCCUUUGCUUACUUCAGAUCAGCCCAGCAGGGCAAUCAUGGCUGAGUAUCCAACUAAGAUGAUUGUUCUAAGGAAGAAAAGGAACCCAAACCGGAAGCGGACACUUCCUGAUGCAAUGCCUUGUGCUAGAAUGGAAAAAGAUGCCAACUUGGAUAUUAGUACUAAGCCACCUGAGACAUGUGGACAAGCUAAUGGUAGGUUUCACACCAUAGAUGGUGAUGAACACCUGCCAUUGGUGAAACGAGCAAGGGCACGUUUGGGCAAGCCAUCAAUAGAGGAUUGGGACCAUGAUGCAAACACUGAACUGAAGUCUGAAGGUAAUAUUUUAAAUAAACCUGCUGGGGCAAGUCAUACUUCUCCAUGCUCUGAACAUAAGAAUACUAAUAAAGAAGUGGAGUGCAUUGCUACAUCAGUAAAAAUGUCCGCGAUAUCUAUGAAUGAUAGGAGCUGCAUGCCUUGGAAGGUGAAUAAAUUCCAUCUGAGGGACAGUUCGGUGGAUGGGGAGGCGGGGCUGCCACCCUCGAAACGCCUUCACCGUGCACUUGAAGCCAUGUGUGCAAAUGCUGCUGAAGCUGAUGAUGUAGCCGAAUCUGAUAGCAUUAAUAUGGAAAACCAGGAAAUAGGUGAAAUCAAAGUUGAUGUCUCUUUUAAAGUCAGAGAUGAUCCUUCUCAAGAAGGCGAUGUAUUAGUUAAUGAUGCAGCAGGGCUGUCAUCUGAAUCACCAUCACUUCCACGGUUACGUACUGAAACUUGUUCUGAAGAGAAACCAAGUAUCCAUAUCAUAGGAAGUUCCUUGGAUUCUAUCCCUGGGGACUUCAAUGAAAUGGUUAAAGAGGGUGAGAAACAUUCUGAUGUAAAAGUUAUUGAUGGUUUGCCUCAGGAUAUCAGAACUUCUGACUCUGAAAUUCCAGUGAGUUCCCUGGAGCUUUGUUCUCCUCCUCAAAAAGGGUGUAAUAGUGUUGGAUUUGGUCACGAUGUUUGUGUGUUGCAUCCUUCUCCUCAAAUGGAAAAACAUGCCACUGACCAUGCACAAAUGGAACAAAGGAAUGAAGAACCAAGUUUAAGCCCAGGCAGGGUCAAAAUGGCGAAAGAAAAAAUAAUUGCAAGCCCUGUUGAGGUAAAAUCUGUGAAAGAAGGAAUAAUUCCAUUUGCUGAGGUCCCAAUCGUGAAAGAAGAAAUAUUUGCUAGCCAUGUCAAGGUUAAAAUUCCGAAAGAAAAAUCAUGUGCAAGCCCUGCUGAGGUUGAAUUGCCAAUUGCAGAAUCAAGCAAGGAUAACAGUGAUAAUGUUUUGGAUGGAGAGGCUUCUGAUUCACGAAUGGGUAGAUCAGAUGAUGAACAACAAACUAAGUUAUUAUAUUCCCCAAAGCUGGAUGGUGAGUUUUCACCUACGAAUGGUAAACGCGUGCCACACUCCGCAAUUGGGGGGACUAUUUUAAGCAGCAGUGUAAGUGCUAAUGUUUUAUCACAAUCGCUUUCAGAGGAGAACAGAGCCAUUGAGGAGAAGAGAGCUAUUGAGGAGUAUAAAGUUCUCAAAGAUCCUCCCAUAACAUUAAAAGAUUUUGAUUUCCCUGUAUCUUCUAGACCCAUGAAGGUUCUAAUUGCAGCUGCUCAAGCUAAGCGAAAUUUGUCACGAUCUGCUUUUCUCUCCCAUUCUUUUCCAACUGCUGAUGAUAAGGUGAUGUCUGAUUCUGGGUCGAGCCCAUCCCCAGUUUUAGGAAAAUUGCGAGGAAAUGCUGAAGUAAAUAUGGCUUUAAAGUCUUUUGAAGAUAUGCUUGGGUCUUUAACGAGGACAAAAGAAAGUAUAGGUCGUGCUACCCGUCUUGCUAUUGAUUGUGCAAAAUUCGGCAUUGCUGGUGAGGUUGUUGACAUUCUUCUUCAGCAUUUGGAAACUGAACCAAGUUUGCACCGUAGAGUGGAUUUGUUCUUCCUUGUGGAUUCUAUUACCCAAUGUUCUAGGGGUCAGCGUGGUGUUGCAGGUGAUGCAUAUCCUCCUGCAGUUCAAGCAUUACUUCCUCGUUUGUUAUCUGCUGCCGCGCCUCCUGGAAAUGCUGCAAGGGAAAACCGCAGGCAGUGCCUUAAGGUUUUGAGGUUAUGGCUGGAACGGAAGACACUCCCUGAAUCAAUUGUUAGGCGUCACAUGCAAGAACUUGAUCUGUCGAGUGGUGACCCAUUAAAUUUUUCUCUGUCUCGUCGACCAUCAAGAACAGAGAGGGCUUUUAAUGAUCCAGCUCGAGAAAUGGAGGGUAUGCUUGUCGAUGAGUAUGGCAGCAACACGAGCUUUCAACUUGUGGGACUUCAUAUACCACAACUUAUUGAGGAUGAAGAGGAUGCAAGUGCUACCGAAGAGAAGGGCACCGCGCCUGCUACUCCUGUUGAAGCCCCAGAACCUCCUGUAUCUGGAACUGAAAAGCAUCGACGUAUUUUGGAGGAUGUUGAUGGUGAGCUUGAAAUGGAGGAUGUCUCACCAUCUGCUGAGAUUGAAAACAAUUCCACGUAUCAAGAUCAGUUUGGUUCUACGCCUUGUGUUAGGCCACAUCCUGAAGGUCUGCCACCAUCUGCUCCUCCUUUACCUUCUUCCCCUCCACCGCUGGCACCUCCGCCCCCUCCCUCUCCUCCUCCCCUUCUUCCUCAGCUACGGCCUCGCCUAUUUGAGUGUAUUGAUUCACAGCAUAACCCUCCUACAAAUCAGAGUUUCCAAGGUAACUUGCCUCUGGAUGUGACCUCGCAGCCACCUCGGGUUCCAGCACCUUAUAUGCCUCCAAGAUGCCCGGACUCUCAAGUGCAGAUGCCAGCAACAGUCGGUCCUUAUAGUUCUUCUUCUUCAUAUGGAUGUCCUCCUCGUGCAGCUUAUCCUGUGAUGCAACCAGGAAACAAUGUCCAGCACUCUCAUGUUGCACCUUUACCCAAUAACGUUUAUCAAGUGCAGCCCCCUCGGCCAGCGAUUUCAAGUCAGUUCUCGUUUGUCCAACAGUCAGAGCCACCCAAACGGUUACAACCUUGGUCUGAAGGCGCCCCCUCGCCUGCUUUUACACCAAAGGGCCCAAUUGUUCAUGAUUCAAAUAGAUGGAAUUACUCUGGUGACGGAAAUACAAUUGGGAGGGAUCCACAUCAUAUUGAUGAGACCUGUAGAUCAUCCUCUUCUGUAUAUUCAGGUUAUUCCAAUUCUGAGAAGCCUGGACCAGCAUAUGCUCCUGUUCACUACGGGCCUUCAGAUCAUUCAUCAAUAACAAAUCAUCAACACUCUCAAUAUCAUGGGGAAUGGGAUUAUCGACAUCCAGCACCCACAUAUCCUCCAAUUUCUGGUGGAGCCAUAUCAGCCCAUAACUCAUGGAGACCGGUGUAAAUGACACUCAAAUAUUGCCUACCAUGGAUGCUGGUGAGAGCUAGCUGCCUUUCAUCUGAGUUUUGGAUCCUGUCUUGAUAGUUGAUGCAGUGCAGAUCCUUUCUGGAUAAUUACUCCCUUGGACGAAAUUCUGAAGAUUAAGAGAGUAAAAGUCUUUGCUGAAAAAUCGCAAGAUGCAUUCCACCUCAAUUGUAUAUAUUGUAAUUUGUCAUUUAUCUGCAAAUGCAGAUUGCGGAAAGACUAUCACUUGGAGAGGAGCAGCUUCCCUAGCCAAAGGCUUUAUUGUAUCAUUAUCAGAACAUUUCAUAUAUUAUAUAAUUGGUUUCAAUUGCUUUGAUAUGGUGCCUCCACAUUUUCUUCUCUGUUUGAUACGUAGGAGGCUCCUUAUCUUCAUACUUAGCGGUUUCUUUAUUUUCUGAGUGACAUGGUUUUAAUUUUUUUUUAAAGGACAAUCAGCUGUUUAUCGCUUAUUCUGUACUCGUCAACUUUCCCUUUCUUGUCUAUAUUACUCUGGAUUCCUUUUAACUC